AUGGCGACAUCACCACCCAAGAAGCCACCGACUGCAGAAGGAUUCCGCAAGCUACAGUAUGCCGUCUCCUGCUUUACCGAUUGCAUGCAGGGCUUGACAGAGAUGCGACUGGUUCGCUGGUUACCCAUGAGCACCGUAUUACCGCUGAUGAUCUACACUGUGAAUUCACAAACAGGCAGACAUCCCGACUGCGCAUGUUCUGAAGCGCUCGGGAGGGACCAGCUGCGCCAGAACAGCCAACUAAGUCUUCUGACUGAAGCCAUGAGAACUAUAGGUGCUCAGUACGGUGGUAUUACCUGGUUUGGCGCUAUCGCACGCCGAGCUAGUGAGCUGGCUCAACCAUGGGCCCUUGAUAAGUUUAGCAGUGACUCGGACGAUGGAGUUGCAAUACCUCUACCAUCCGCAGAACCAUUCUUACGACUUGUCAUUACAGCAGACCUUAGUUUGAGCACAGGCAACUGUCCUGAGAGAGAUCAGUUGUCCAAGAUUCUUAAAUUAUCACAGACAUCGGAGGAACCUCGAAUCGACGAAGGCUUCCGAGGAUACUCAUACGCCAUGAGCAUGAAUCCAACCGACAUCUUGAGUUGGACAGAAUUGGACACCUUUCUUGGUCUUGACUGGGCUACUCCUCUUCCCUCAGAAAAUACAGUCAUCGAUCUGUCCAUUCCUGAAUUGGUGGACGACACCGAGAACGGAGCUCAGGAGGGUUUGAUGGAUUCGCCAGAUUUGACACCUCUGUCCAUUUGGACAGCUGGAGAAAAUUCCGGCAAAGGACCUUCCCGCUUGGCAGCUGGAGGCCGGUCCGGCCGGUCCGGCCCACGAGCUUUCUCGUGUCGCUCGGACCAUGCGACAGUAGGCAGCGAUUAUGACCGCUUCAUGUAA